GGUGAUCCAAUAUAUACCAGCCUAAUUGACUAUUUCAGUGAUGAUGUUUUAGGCAAUCAAUCUAAAUCAUGGAACAAACAUUGGAAUGCAUAUCUUACACACCAAAAUCUUCCCCGUCGCCUUUUACAACAAGAAUAUCAUGUCCAUUUCCUUUCAACUUCAACUCAUGCAUCAAUACCUGAGCAAUACAGGGAUUUCAAGAAAGUCUUGGAGUCUACUCACAACAAUCCCAUCAAGGUUAUGGAUGCUUCUACUAAGCAGGUAGCACGAAUUCGUUUGUUUGGUAACAGCAAGCCAUCGGAUAACCCUAUGCAGAGUGAGAUUUGUUCUCAUAUUGGCGGACAAGGCAACAUGUUCUGUCGUCGAUGUCAUGCAGGGGGGACACAAAUUGAGAAGGCCAGUGAUGAUGGCUAUCAUCAACUGUUUAUGUGUUCACAGCCUCGCAGCAAAGAAGAAAUAAUUGUAGAAGUCUGUCUGCAGCUUGAGGAAGCAUGCACUGGCAUUCAGAGCCGUGUCAAGGAUCACCAGACACAAACAGGUAUCAAGGACUCAUAUACACAGUUCUGGAUUGACAAGUUGAUCCAUGAAGCCCAUGCCAAACAAUCAGCAGAACCACAGUGUUCCAUACAAGAUAUACAACAUGAACUUAUGCAAUGGGUCCAGGAACACACCAACGAGAUCUUCAGUCCAUUUCUUACUCUCAAGGGUUUUGAUCCGACAACUGACACCCCUAUUGAAAUUCUACACACCAUCUUGCUUGGUAUUGUAAAGUAUGCAUGGCAUCCUACACAUACAAGCUGGAAUUCCACACAAAAACAGCAGUAUGCCCUCCGACUUCAAGCCACAAACACUGAUGGACUUAAUAUCCAUGCAAUUCGUGCCAACUACAUUAUGCAGUACACAAACUCUUUGAUAGGCCGCCAAUUCAAGACAGUUAUACAAACUGCUGUCUUCCAUGUAUAUGAUCUUGUUGGCCCCUUUGAGUUUCGCAUUUGGAAGUCUGUCUGUGACCUAGCAGCGCUGGUAUGGUUUCCCGAGAUAUUCAAUCUCACUGAAUACAUU